UCAUACUGCAUAAGCUGUGAGUGGUCCUUACAAACCCAAGAUCAAGCCGAAAUUACCAAUUUUGAACAGACAAGUAAUCUCGCCUGGACAUUAUCCUGGUGAAUAUUAUACAUACAUAUGAUUGCCAUAAGAGCAGACACCACUGACCCAACACAAACUGCAUGUAUGACGAAAAACCAAAACUAGUCACUUCACAUCCCAGCACGUGCAGUCAUCAGGGAGAGAAAGGAACCUUGAAUCAACCAGCAAGUGUCCUGAACUACUCAUGUAGGGACAACAGACAUUGAACCAACAUUAUACACUAUAACAAGUGCAGCCAUCAGGAGAAGAAACAUUUUAUAUAAGGUGGAAACAUCUUGAAAGAUUGUUACAGCAUCAAGUUGUGGGUGUUGGUGGUGCAUGAUGAGUGAGAUGAUGGAUCCCAGCAAGAUGAAGGUGGCUGAUUUACGGACGGAGCUGCAGAAUCUUGGCCUCGACACCAAGGGAAAUAAACCGGCGUUGGUGGAGCGGCUUAAGGAGGCUCUGGAAGGCAAGGCUGCAGAUGUUAAAACUGAACAAGAUAAUGGUUUAGAAGUGGAGCUUGAAGAAUUGAAUGCAGAACCAAUGGAAUGUGAACAAACAGAAAAGGUCCCUAACAAAAUGUUUUAUGGCACUGACUCCCAGAAGAUAUCCAAAUACCUGUGUGUUUCUGAUGAUAGUGAGUCUGAUGACCAAGAAUUGAUUGACAGUGGUAAUGAAUACUUGCCAGGGGAAUCAGAAAUGUCAAGUGAAGAUGAGACAGAAGAGAGACCAGCUAAAAAACCAAGAGUAGCCAAGAAAAAGAGAGGUAUCAUAGUAGAGGAAUAUCCUGAUGAAGAAGACCUCCAUGAUGAACUUGCUCUCCAAGUUCAGACAGGCUGGCAUCAGGAAGACAUAAAAAAUGAUCCUUUGCCUGGAUACCAACAUAAAAGUGAUGAUGACAUCUUGUCUCCAUUUGAUUAUUUUAGUAAGUUUGUUACUAGAGAGAUGAUAGAUAGCAUCACUUUUCAAACCAAUUUAUAUGCCAAGCAAAAAAAUAUAAAAACUAAUUUUAUAACUAAUUUUGAUGAAAUCAUGCAGUUUAUAGGAAUUUUGUUGUUCAUGGGUGUAUGUCAGUGUCCAUCUUUAGAUGACUACUGGGCAGGUGGUACAAAGGUAAUUCAAGUUGCAGAGGUUAUGUCGUCUAAGAGGUUUAAGUUGCUUAGACGUACAAUUCAUUUCAAUGAUGAUAACAUAAAGGAUGGUGACAGGUACCACAAAAUAAGGCCUCUUUUCAGUGCACUAACUGCUGCUUGCUUGAAAAUUCCAGCAACACCCAGGCAGUCUAUUGAUGACGUUAUGGUUGGCUUCAAAGGAGCAACAGCUGGAAACCUAAAGCGAUAUAUGAGAGACAAAAGAGACAAGUGGGGCUUUAAACUUUUUUGCCGUGCAAGUGAAGAUGGAGUGAUACAUGACAUACUCAUGUAUCAGGGAACUAAAACUUUUGAUAUGCAUCCUGUAAAGCUGCCAAAUGAAUAUAAUGCACAACCAAUAAGCUCCAAGGUUGUGCUUGUACUUGCAUCAACUCUGGACAAGACAAAGACAUCAGCAAUCUAUGCUGACAAUUUCUUUACAAGUCUUUCUUUAGUAAAGAUAUUGAAAAACAAGUAUAACUGCAGAUACACUGGUCAUGCAUAUGAAAAUAGAUGUGGUACCCCAGGACUGAUGCCUGUUAAGGAAAUGGAAAAGAAAAUAGUACCCAGGGGCACUACUGAUUAUAAGAGCAAUGAUGGCAUCCUUGCUGUAAGAUGGAAGGAUAACAAAGUUGUUACUUUACUGACAAAUGAUGUGGGGGUCCAUCCUGUGACUCCUAUUACAAGUUAUAAUAAGGAAACCAAGAAGAGAGAAAAGUUCAGCUGCCCUGCAGUAAUCAAGAACUAUAAUGCACACAUGGGUUGUAUAGAUAAAAGUGAUAUGCUGGUGCAUUUGUACAAAACACCAAUGAAAUCUAAACGUUGGUACAUGCGCCUAUUUGCUUAUUUUCUGGAUCUUGCUGUUGUAAAUGCAUGGCUUGUUUACAGACGUGAUUGUGUGGCACUAAAGAGUAAAUAUAUGCCACUGAAGAAUUUCAGGCUUGAUAUCUCUAUCAGUGCAAGAUCCACAGGCCAUAAGUUGAGAGGUGGCAAAAGAUCAGCUUCACGACUUACACGAAGUACUUCCCGUGCUUCCAGUGUAGAAAGUGAUGAUGGAGAUUUGUCAAGCUUGCAGAUACCUACUCCAGUCCAGUACCAACGUGUGAUAAAGCCUGAUGACAGUGUGAGGUACGAUACAACACUACAUCACUGGCCAGUGAAUGCCAAGACAUUUACAUGUAAGCAUUGCAGCACAAAGAAACAUCCAGUUGCAUCCACUUUUGCCUGUCUCACAUGCAAGGUAAAUCUGUGCAUAAAGGAGAAAAAUUGCUUCGUCGAAUUCCAUUCUAAGUACAGAUGCUCCUUGCUUUAUGAUGGUUCAACUUUACGACGGUGUGAUGAAAAUGGCCAUUCAGUAGUCAUCAAACCAAGAAAGUUUACAACGAAAAAAUUGGCAGAGGCAUUUGCUUGUUUCAAUAGUGGUUUGCAGAUGAUAGAAAAAAUGGAAGUCAAUUAUGAGAGAUUUUCAAUAUUUGAAAGGCAAGUACAGGAUGCUCUUGCUUGCUAUAAAGAAAUUUAUAAUGAAAAGAAGCAAACUGUCUAGUUAGAAUUUUAUAUCUUCCUGAAGAAGUCUGUGCCUGUUCCUGAACCAUCAACAAGCGGUGACAACCCAGUGCCUUCCUCCUCAGUAUCAUCUUCCAGCAGUUAAUAUUAGUUUUGUGCUUCACAGCAUUCUUCAGGCCUGGUGUACUUUCGACUGACUACAUUAAUGGUGAGUACCUGUACAACACAUCAGUACAUGUACUGUACCUGUAUCAUCCUGCAUCAAGACAAUGUACUGUGAAAUUUUUUUUCUUUUUUGUACUGCACAUUUAUUGAUAGGAUAAACUUGUAUACAUUUAUUUACUAUUCAGUACCAGUAUUUAGUUACAGAAAUUAUUUGUUUAUUUACUUAUUUAGUGACAGUAUUUAUUUGCUUCCAGCAGGCGUGCAUGAACGUGUUCGAUAGGAGUGAAUGGAGACGAAUGGUAUUUGGGACCUGGCGAUCUGUUGGAGUGUGAGCAGGGUAAUAUUUAGUGAAGGGAUUCAGGGAAACCAGUUAUUUUUAUAUAGCCGGACUUGAGUCCUGGAAAUGGGAAGUACAAUGUCUGCACUCUAAAGGAGGGGUUUCGGGAUAUUAGCAGUUUGGAGGGAUAUGUUAUGUAUCUUUAUACGUAUAUGCUUCUAAACUGUUGUGUUCUGAGCACCUCUGCAAAAACAGUGAUAAUGUGUGAGUGAGGUGAAAGUGUUGAAUGAUGAUGAAAGUAUUUUCUUUUUGGGGAUUUUCUUUCUUUUUUGGGUCACCCUGCCUCGGUGGGAGACGGCCGACUUGUUGGAAAAAAAAAAUUAUUUACUUAUCAUAUAUUCAUGUUUGACGUGUGAUAUUUUCAAAUUACUACGGGUUCAUCGGAACGUAACCCCAUCAUGAGUCGAAGAGCACUUGUAAUCAUCUUUUAUAAUGGUUGUUUGUUCUCAGGGAAUACAUGCAAAUGAUUAUACAAGCUAUAUUCCUUUAUAACCCUAUACAGCGUUAAAAUGUUGAUAUUUUGUUCUUUCUUGUAUUUUUUGUAUGACUUUAUAAUGUUGCAAUCUGGUUCCAUUUAUUAUUUUGGUAAUGUCUGUUUGUAUAAUAAAUUACAAAA